AUCUACGCGUCCACGCCCGCGCCUCUUCCCCAUUCCGCCCAAAGAACAGGGAAGAGCUCAAUUCCGCAUCGAUCCGAGAUUAGGGUUUCCCCCGCUCGCCACCGAUGAAGGGCGGCCGCCUGCACCGUCCGGAGCCGAAGGCCCACCUCGUAGCAGCGGCCGCGCCCGCCCCUGCGCCCGCCGAUGACUGGGUGGAUGGCUCAUGGACGGUGGACUGCUCCUGCGGCGUCACGUUCGACGACGGCGAGGAGAUGGUCAGCUGCGACGAGUGCAACGUGUGGGUGCACACGCGGUGCGCGCGCUACGUCCGCGGCGUGCACUCCUCCUUCUCCUGCCACAACUGCAGGUCCAAGCGCGCCCCCUCCUCCUCCGACGAGGCCGAGGUCGCUGAGCUCCUCGCCGAGUUGCCCACCCACCGCCCGCCCCCUCUCUACAGUCGCUGGUCCGAGGUCCCGCUCCCUGCCCGCGUCCACGUCCAUGGGCUCCCCGGCGGGGGCGACGCCGCCCUGUUCCGCGGCGCCCCAGCCUUCUCCGCCGCGCUGUGGCGCUGCACCGGGUACGUACCCAAGAGGUUCGGCUUCCGCUACUGCGAGUUCCCCUCCUGGGCCGACGACAAGGACGGCGGCGCCGAUGCUCUGUUCGCGCUGGCCAGAGAGAAGCGCAGGGAGACGGCCGACGCCGUGCAGAUAGGUGUCGAACUGGAGAAGGAAAAGUAUUACGUCCGGAGCCUCAGCUGUCGUGGCAAGAAGGCUGACGGCUGUCAGCACGCAGUGCCUCCGCUGACCGAGGCUAAGAAGCGAGAACCUGAUACUUGGGAGGAGGGGUGUCAGCAGAGAGAGGGUCAUGCCAUGCCAGAUGCCGCUCAUGAGGAUCAGUACGCUGAAACAAAUAUGGCCAGUUCUGAUUUACAAGCUGUUAAAACCAAGAAGAAAAUGGAGGAAUCCUUGAAAUGGAGUGGGGAGAAGAAGAGCCCCCAGGAAAUUCCUGGGAUGCUGAACAAGGACUUGCAAAAUGAUUCCUUGAAGUUGGAGGCCUCUUUAGUCAGAACUACAUCAUCUGUGGUGGAACAAGAAGUGCACUCAGGAUUCGUCGGUCUAGAGGUUACCAUGUACAAGCAACAAGGAGGGAAUCAUAAUGUGGGCUUAAAAUCUGGCGCUAUGAAUUCAGCUCCCAGUAAGCACGGCAUGGAGGGCCUUCAGAAGCAAUCAAAUCAAACUUCAAAUCUGCAGGAUAUUGCUGGCGUACCAGAUUUACAGUUUGUUCAGUCAAAAUCAUGUUUUAUUAAAACGGAGCCUAGUUCUCAGGAAAAUGAGGUAUCUGAUGCUAUCCAAUUAGUACCUGAUGACCAUAAAAGCAAUAAGCAAGGUCUGGGGUUUGCUGCAGGUUAUUCAAUCGUUGAAAGAGAUUCAUAUGAUUCAAUAUGUUGUGAACAUCCAAAAUCUGAGACAGAAAAUCCGAUGCACACAAGUGCGGAGAAUCCAAACUCACUUUCUGAUGAUGCAAAAGUUUGCACAUCUUUUUCUGGUUCUAUAUCUAUACCUUGUGAGUUAUCACACUCAUUGGUAUCCAUAGAACUGUCAUUGGCAGGGAACACUGAUCAUUUAACGACAAAGGAACUUGUCUCACCUACUGAAAGGAAAUAUGAUUCGGUAAAAUUUUCUGAAGAGAAUUCCAAGGAAGUAACAAGGUGCGCUGAGAAAGUCCAACUGAAAGGCUCACUGCCUUCUACACCAAAAUCAUGUCAAGCAAGUAGAAUAUACCUGUCUACAGUCAAACCUAGAUUACCAGUAUCAAAAGAGCAGUCACAGAAGACAGCCACCACCGGAGGCACCUCAGCAAGACCAUUCCAUGGAGAAGUGGCGCCAUUGCAAUCUCGUAACAAGGCAGUGCCUUCCAGUUCUUCCCAGAAAAAGGACAAGAUCCAUCAGCGCACUAUUCAUGUCACACAGGAGGGUUCCAAUAAUUCAACAUCGACCGAGCUGCAAGCAUCUGAUUCGACUGCUUCAUUGAGUGAUGAACAGCUUGCAUUAUUGUUGCAUCAACAAUUAAACAGCUCCCCCAGAGUACCAAGGGUGCCACGGUGCCAUCAAGCAGCUAGUACACAGAUGCUGCACCCAACUGGAGCUACUGUUUUUUCAAAGCGGUCUUCAGCACAUGGAGGAAGGGAUCAUGCGACGGUUUUAAAGAAGAGAAACAGAGAGGAUCCGUUGAAAGAUAGUGAAGACACCAAGAGGACAGAAAAGGCGUCUUUUGUUGAACGAAGACAUAAAGAAUCUAGUGCAGAACAUGCUCCUUCUGUGAAGGACUCAUGCAGAUUAUCUGAAAAUAUAGCAUCAGAACAGAGACAUCGUGGCGUUUGUUCAUCUGGAGCUAAAACUGGUUUAGAAAAGGAUGAUUCGAUGGAUAGCAAUGUUUCACACAAUUUACCUGGAUUGAUUGAUGACAUCAUAAGUAAGAACAGAGAUAUAACAUAUGUGGAACUAUGUGAUGCUAUUCAUCGGCAUUUUAGGGAUUUAAGGAAACCCAGUGAGGAAGAUUAUGUAUAUCCUAGCUAUUUACACGCCAUCAAUGAUUCUCUUAAGAGGAGGAGGGAGUGGGCUUACCUUGUUGACCAGGCUCCAAAGACGAAUUCAAAUAAGCGGCGAAAAGGGGAAAAUUACUCUUUGUUGGCUGAUGUCCUGGAAGCAGAGAACAUGAGAAACGAACUUGAAAGGGAUUCAGAAGAGGGGAGUGCUGAUUUGCAUCAAGAAGACCUUCCUAGGGGCAAGCGAAAGGCUCGGAAACGCAGGCGACUUGAACUCAAAGGGAGGAGAGUCAAGGAUACGAGGAAGAGAUCUAGCAUUCAUUAUUCCUCGGAAGAUGCUGCUGCCACCUUGUCUGAUUCCAGUAGUGACAGAAAUGAUUUACCCAUGGAUGACGGUAACCAAGAAAAUAAUUCUGUUCCGCUGGGAACUGGUGGUUACAUAGAUGCUAAGGCUGCGGAUUCAAGUUUAUAGGAAGCUGAUCGAUGCAGUACUGCGGAAAGGAGAAGUAGGUACUGCGCCUGCACCAUAACCUGAACUUGAAGGAAGUUAGGAACAGGGAAUGAAUCGUCCCAGUUCAUGCCCAGCAAAUUUUUUCUUACAAUAGUGUAUCUUGGUUGUUAAAUUUCUGGCUUUUGCCCGCACGUCAGAAUUAAAUGCCUAAGAUCCUAAUGCUAACAGUGAUGACGCAUGCUUGUUGUGCUUAGUCAAUGUAUCAGUCUAGAGGCAUUUUAUAUCAGUAGGCAAUUUUUUUCGUCAAGUCUGAAAAUGUGAGAUUGCGCUAGUUCUCUUC